UUUAAGAUAUCGCACGUCCAUUAAUUAUUAAAGCUUCUGUCUGCUUUAAUUAAUUAAUAUCUUUUAAUCCUAGUUCUUCAUCGACUCCAUUUUUCUCUGUAGUCACGCGGAUGGAUCAAGUAACACAAGAAGUUGAGAAAGUUAAAAGGGAUUUCCACGAAACGUACGACCAAACAGUGAAACACAUUGAUUCGAUCAAAGAAUACGGGAUAAAAUCAAGGAUUGGCAAUCCAGGUGAAUCGGAAAAGAUAGAUUCUCUGCCCAGAUUGAAUGGGCUGGCUCAAGAUGGCCUCAACACGCUUCAAUCACUACAUUUUAACCUUGAUCUUCUUGCCCCUCAACUUCCCUUCGUUGACGACGCGGAAAAAGCGCAUUCGUUGGCUCAGUUAUGGGAGAAACAAAUCCAGAGUUUGCGGCUGAGUUUAAGGAAUGCUAAUUUGCAAGCAAAGGCAAACAUGAAGAAAACUGCUCAGCAAGAGACAGAGCUUCUUUUGGGAGGUGGGGAACAGUCUACAACUCGAAGGCGCAAUCUUCAGACGAAAGCAGGAAUGACUUCUGCUGCUGAGAGCAUUACAGAAAGCCUUCGACGUACAUGCAAGCUCAUGGUUCAGGAGGUUGAGAGGAGUACAAGCACCCUCAUGACUUUCGAGGAAUCGACAGAAGUAUUGAGAAAAGCCGAAAGCGAAUAUAAGGGCCAUCGCUCUUUGCUCUCUCGAACCCGAGGCCUUCUCUCCACCAUGCAACUUUCAAAGCGCAUUGGUAUUCUGAAGUUGCAGAGAAAAGUGAUUACUGCUGUGAAAGCUGGGAUGGCCGGUCAAGGAGAGAUUAUGGCGCCUUUGGUCGGUAGGGCUGAUAUGAAUGCUAAUCCUGAGUUGAAUGGUCCGUUAGAACAAGUUAUGCAUGACGAACUUUGA